AUGCCUCAGGAGGGCGAACUGCCCCCGGCCAAGAGACUGAAGCUGGCGCCGUCUCCCCGCAGAGCCAUGCUGCUGGCGCCGCCCGGAGCCAAGCGCCAGCCGCCGGCUCCCAGCGCCGGGGAGACGCAGCGCAGGAGCCUCCCCAUCUUCCAGGCGCGGGGGCCGCUGCUCAGCCAGCUCCGGAGCCUGGACAGAGCCAUCCUCAUCGGGGAAACAGGCUCAGGGAAGACGACUCAGAUCCCACAGUACCUCUAUGAAGCAGGAAUCGGCCGCCAAGGCAUCAUUGCGGUGACCCAGCCUCGUAGAGUGGCUGCUAUAUCCUUAGCUACUAGAGUCUCGGAUGAGAAGAAAACGGAGCUGGGAAAACUGGUCGGCUACACGGUGCGCUUUGAAGAUUUCACCUCCGACGAGACGCGAAUCAAGUUCCUAACGGAUGGGAUGCUUCUCCGCGAAGCCAUUGGCGAUCCCCUGCUGCGCAAAUACAGUGUCGUCAUUCUAGACGAAGCUCAUGAGAGGACAAUACACACAGACGUGCUCUUUGGGGUGGUGAAAGCGGCGCUAAAGAAGCGGAAGGAUUUGGGCAAAUUCCCACUCAAAGUAGUGAUCAUGUCAGCUACUAUGGAUGUAGACCAGUUCUCUCAGUACUUCAACGGAGCCCCAGUUCUCUAUCUAGAAGGUCGGCAACAUCCAAUCCAGAUCUUUUACACCAAACAGCCUCAGAGUGAUUAUCUCCAAGCAGCACUGGUGUCGGUCUUCCAAAUCCAUCAGGAAGCACCUUCUUCUCAGGACAUCCUGGUGUUUCUAACUGGUCAGGAAGAGAUUGAAGCGAUGACCAAAACCUGCCGAGACAUCGCCAAGCACCUUCCCGAUGGCUGCCCCCAGAUGAUGGUGAUGCCCCUCUAUGCUUCGCUGCCAUACACACAGCAGCUCCGAGUCUUUCAGGCUGCACCCAAGGGCUAUCGCAAAGUGAUCCUUUCAACCAACAUUGCGGAAACCUCCAUCACCAUUGCGGGAAUAAAAUACGUUGUGGACACAGGCAUGGUUAAAGCAAAGAAGUUCAGCCCUGAGAGUGGCCUGGAGGUGUUGGCUGUGCAGCGGGUGUCAAAGGCCCAGGCAUGGCAGCGUACAGGACGAGCGGGACGAGAGGACAGUGGAAUCUGUUACCGGCUGUACACAGAGGAUGAGUUCGAGAAGUUUGAUAAAAUGACAAUACCUGAGAUACAGAGGUGUAACCUGGCCAGUGUGAUGCUACAGCUCCUGGCUCUGAGAAUUCCCAACGUUCUCACCUUCGACUUUAUGUCCAAGCCAUCCCCAGAUGCCAUCCAGGCAGCCAUUGAGCAACUGGAUCUGCUGGGGGCUGUGGACCGGAAGGAGGAUCAGGUUACUCUGACCCCACUGGGAAGGAAGAUGGCAGCAUUUCCUCUGGAACCCAAAUUCUCUAAAACUAUCCUCAUGUCCCCCAAGUUCCACUGCACGGAGGAGAUCCUGACCAUCGUGUCCCUGCUUUCGGUGGACAGCAUCCUCUACAACCCCCCAUCCCGGCGGGAUGAAGUGCAGUCUGUCCGGAAGAAGUUCAUUUCCAGUGAGGGGGAUCACCUCACCCUGCUCAACGUAUACAGAGCCUUUAAAAAUGUCAGCGGCAAUAAGGAAUGGUGCAGAGAGAACUUUGUGAACAACAGGAACAUGAUGCUGGUAUCGGAUGUCAGAGCUCAGCUCAGGGACAUUUGCCUAAAGCUAUCAUUACCGAUUGAGUCCUCCCGAUCGGACACGGGGAAUAUCCGCCGCUGCCUGGCUCACAGCCUCUUUAUGAACGCUGCAGAGUUGCAACCGGAUGGCACCUAUGCCACCGUAGACUCCCACCAGCUGGUGGCAAUUCAUCCCUCCUCGGUCCUCUUCCACUGCAAGCCAGCCUGCGUAAUGUACAACGAGCUGCUUCACACCAAUAAGUGCUACAUGAGGGACCUGUGUGUAGUGGAUGCAGAUUGGCUGUAUGAUGCUGCCCCCGACUACUUCCGCAGGAAGCUAAGAGCAGCCAAGAACUGACCCACCCUUGGUGCCACCAAGCUAACUGUGGGGGAUUCCUAGGGUCAUGGGAUCAGAUUUUUGUAACAAAUGUACAGGAACAAUAGAGCUUUGCCAUGCCAAUCCGGUAGGACUGUACAGGAAAUGGCUUCUCCACAAGAGCCAUACCUCAUGCACUGUUGCUGCACUGGCUUAGAACAAUCAUCUUUUAUGACAGUUAAUAGAUAAGAGGGAAAUAUUAUACAUGUAUAUAGUAUGUUUGUGAAUAUAUAUAUAUAUAUAAUAUUUGGGGGUGGGGGGUGAUGGUCUUGGAUUUCAGUUUUUAAAACAGAAGUAUAAUGGGGUUGUGUGUGAAGAAAUGAGUCCCAAGGGGACUCUUCUGAGCAGACCUGGUAUUUUUUGACAAUUGUCCUUGUAUCCCUCGCAGGUUUUAUUGGCAAAAAGUUUUAAAUCUUUAUGUAUAAUUAUAUUAACAGGACAAAAAUACCUUUUUUUAAAUGUACGUUUUUCGGAGGGAGGUGCUAAUGUAUUUUACCUCAUCAGACAUCUUUCUGUCUGUUGUCAUUUUCACCACCUUGUUUGACCCAUCUGAAAGCCAGUAAAGAGUUUUCUGAAUUGACAGCUCUUCAUCACGUGUGCCCGUUUGUUAGACAAACCUUGCGGGGCUGAUAGAGGUGAAGUGCCAUUAAGAGAGGAUGAUCAGUUAACCCAUGUCAUCUGCUAGCAGAGAGACUGCUAGGCAUCUUUCAAAUGCUUUCUUAGUUUCUCAUUGCUGCAUCACCAGCCCAGCUGUGUCUUUUUAAACAAAAUUUGUCUCCAUCAUCCAGCUGGUUUUCAUAUAGCUGUGUAGCGAACCGGGUGCCAUGCAAGUGAAGUGGUUCCAGGGUUUCCCCUGUAUGACCACACCAAAGUGCCAGUAUUCCUAUGAAACGCUGGCACUUCACCACAGAAGUCGAUGUCAGCACUGAAGAGGUUAGUUCUUCUAGGCUGGUAGGAGGCCAAUCUCUGAAUCUUGUACACACAGUUUUUCUUGCAUACGGAUGCAGCAUCUGAAGCCAGUUGCAAAGCCUAACUAGGGAAAGCAGUGGAUUGGCACUUGGUCCUCCUAAGUCUGUAGCGCUCUGUUGUUCACAGCAGUGAUCUGUGGCUCUGGCUUCGAGAGCUAGUGCUAAAAAUCAUUGUCUCUCAAGCAAGAGAAAUUGAUGUACAUUGCCUGGUGGUUGCGAUCACCUGAUAUCAAUACGUAACGUGCACAUAUGCUGCAGCAAUAAGGGAAUGCUGGGCUCACCACCACCACCGAGUUAAAUCUAAGGAAAGGAUCAGCCACUGCAGAGCUCUUACAGGUAAUAUGUAUUGUUAAAGAAGUCGGGUAACAUUUCCCCAGUGAGUUGGAUGCUUCUGUUAAUUGGCAACAAGCUAUCAUCUGUGAGAUCUAAGUUUUGCUUGGGGAGGCGUGGCUAGUUAUAUUUUUCUGGCCAUUUAUAACCAUGUAAUCCAUAGAAGAAUCAUAAAAGUGCAGAUGGUAAAACAGAUAUUUACAACUGAGAUGGCGAAAGAAGUUAAGUAUAAAGAUUCCAGGCUCUUUACAUGGCAGAUGGUCUAACGAAUUAGCAAAAACUGUUACCUUCCAUACUUGCUUUUUAGGAUUCCCACAAAGUACAGAUCUUUAAAGAAAUCUCUGCUUCUUACUUAAAAAUCCAAUCAGACUGUUGAGUUUGGCAAUGGUCUAUUAUGCAUCCCCUCUCUGCAAAUGCCACUUGACUUUAUAACCAGCUGUCUUCUGAGUACAGUCUUUUCCUCUGCUUUGCUAUUAAGACACGUUAUUGUUAUUCCUCAGUAUGUGUAUGAGGAGUGGAAUUCGGACUGUUAACUUCUGUUUUUUGCCCUCUGAAAUUUUUGUCUGAAGAGAUUUUCUAUGUCAUGGCAGCCAAAGGUUUCAAAGCAGAAGCAAAGACUUUGUUCCAGACUAACCCAGAACUCUGGCAGCAAAGAAAUUGCCCUCCACCAUGCCUGCCCCCCCCCCCACCUUUGUUCAUCCUUCCUUCUUGGCCAGGUUAAAACUUCCAAGUUCACUGCUUGGAGAUAGCAGAUCAAUGUAAGUCUUAUCCUUUGCAAUAGCUCAUCAGGUUAUUCUGUGGCAAACUUUCCAGAAAAAAAAAAUAUGAAGAUGUAAUUUGGAGUCAGACUUCCUUCAAAAACUCUUUAAUCAUCCGAUAUUUAUUUCCCCCAUUACAGUUUUACACCAGUAUUUUUCUGCCUUUUUUGAUUAUUUUUGUCCUUCGUUAGACAUUCGUAGCAUGGCAACAUUGGCUAGGAAUGCUACACUUGUCUUCGGCAUUUGGGGCUUCAUCCAGCAUCUAGUGGUCAGAUUCUUCUCUGAAGCAAAAUGCAAUAAGAACCAAUCUUAUUUUUUAAUCCUGUGUUUUAUACAGGGACUAAGGCAGGUUCAGCCAAUCUAAUUGCUUGAUUGUCCAAAUAUUACUUGCCCAGUAAUGUCUUGAAUGAGUGGAAUGGACUGUUCUAUUAUGUCUGAAUGAGGACGGAGAAAAAUUAUAAGAAGUUUUUAAAUUCUAUCUUUAUGAGUACAUCUAAAAUAACUUCUCUGGGAGAGGCAACUUCUAGUUUCAGCAGAAAUCUCUUUGCACAGUUUGAGUUGUUCAGUUUUAGGAUGAGAUAAAUUAAAGCAGAUUAGAUUUCUAAAAGGGGAAGAUGGGAAACUUUUAUUAAUUAUUGUGAUUAGUUAACAUGAGCUGCUCUGGGAUAUCCCAGUUUGACUAAAAUGGUGUUUAGUCCACUCUUGUAUUUUUCAAACAUGGAUUUUUUUU